AUGGAUUCUAUCGAGUUGCAGAAGUGGGAGCCCGACUUCUUGGCCGUGAGCGACAGGCUACGUUUGCCGGACUUCGAUUUGGGCGUCGGGCUGUUGCGACACUUCCCACUGCGGCAAAUAAAAGUGCAGCGCGUGCACAAAAUCAAGAACGAGAAGCUGGAGGCGCGUUUUGGACAUCGGGCGGCUGAGCUGGGGGCCGAGGGGGUGUGCGAGAGGCUGCUGCACGGCUCGCCGGCCGCCUGGAAAAUCGCGGACGAAGGUUUCGAUGUGGGCCGCAGCGAAAGCGACAAUUUGUUCGGCCGCGGCGUGUACCUGACGCCCGACCCUGCCACCGCCAACAAAUACGCGUUCGGCAAGCUACAGCCGUGUCCACAGCACUCGGACGCCCACUGCGUCCGCUGCGUGCGGCGGCUGCUGGUGUCCGACUGUCUGCUCGGCCGGCCCUUCCUCCCCUCGCUCCCCGCUUCCACCCCUCUGCCCUGGCCGUGCCCUCCAGGGUUCGACUCGAUCGUGGCCGAUCCCGCCACCAACCCCGCCGUGGGCCAAUUCCUCCAGAGCCCCGAAGUGGUCGUCUUCCGCAACGACCAGCUGAUGCCUAGAUACGUCGUUGAGUACACCAUCUCCGUCUACUCGCGUGACGAGUUUGCCAAAAUUGUGGGCCAGCAAAUGCGGCAAAAAAUGCAGCCGGUCCUUUGGAAUCUCCGCCCGACAGGUGUUUUCUCUUCGGCAUCGUGAUGCCCGCUUUCAAAUCCAAAAGAGACUGUGUCUAGAACCUUUAAAUGGACGAAAAACAAAUCGGACUGAUUUGUAGACGAAACAUUCCAAUAUAAAAUGAAAACUUUGUCAGUAGCACUUUGAUUUUAAGGCUAUUUCUUAACUC